AUGGCGACUUACGGAUCUCGUUGGGCCGCGGAGGAGGACUUUGUGGCCUCCACCGCGUCGACGGCUGUCGCACCGCUGCUCGACCGCACCGCCGUGGAGGACACCGCGCCGCAGGCCAUGGACGAGCUGACAGGCAUGCUGCUGUCCCCCAAACGCACAACCAAGCAGUCGGCGUCCGCAUACGCACCGGACCUGUGCAGGGCCCUCAAGUCCGUUGUCAAGAUCUUCACCACAAGCGCGAGCCCCAACUUCUCGCAGCCCUGGCAGAUGCAGGCCCAGACCAAGUGCACCGCGAGCGGCUUUGCGAUCUCGCCUCGGGAGGAGCGCCGUAUCCUCACUAACGCGCACGCCGUCUCUAAUCAGGUGGUGGUCAAGGUCCGCAAGCACGGCAACGCGCACAAGUACAACGCGCGCGUUGUCGCGGUCGGCCACGAGUGCGACAUUGCCAUGCUGACUGUGGACGAUGACGAGUUCUGGAAGGACAUCCAGCCCCUUGACAUCACUGGCCUGCCCGCCAUGCAGUCGGAGGUGUCCGUCGUCGGGUUCCCGCAGGGGGGCGACAACGUGUGCGUGACCAAGGGCGUCGUGUCGCGCAUCGACCGGCAGCAGUACAGCCACGGGCGCACCGCGCUGCUGGCCAUCCAGGUCGACGCCGCCAUCAACAGCGGUAACAGCGGCGGUCCCGUGCUGCUGGGCUCCAACGUGGUGGGCAUCGCGUUCCAGUGCCUCACGGGCGGCGACGGCGUCGGCUACGUCAUCCCGGUCCCGGUCAUCAACCACUUCCUGCGGGACCUGGAGCGCCACGGCCGCUACACCGGCUUCUGCGAGCUGGGUGUGGCGUGGCAGAACCUGGAGAACGCCGGCAUGAAGGCCGCGCUGGGCAUGCCCAAGGGCCUCACCGGCGUCCUCGUCACCAAGACAGAGCCCCUCACGCACGCCAGCAAGGCGAGGCCCGUCCUCCGCCGCGGCGACGUGCUGACCCACCUGGACGGCGUGUCCAUCGCCGACGACGGCACCUUCCUCUUCCGCGAGGCCGUGCGCAUCGACUUCCGCCACAUCGCGUCCUGCGCUUUUGAGGGCGACGCAAUGACGGCGCGCGUGUGGCGCGACGGGCAGCACCUGGACGUGUCGGUGGUGCUGAGCGUGCCGGAGCAGCUGGUGCCCUCACACAGCCACGACGUGCGGCCGGAUUACUACAUAUAUGCAGGCAGGGCGCUGGCAUGGGGCGAGCGCCCCGCGUGA